AUGAAUUGCACCACCUUUGAUGCUCUUGACAAAGAGCUCAGGGAAGAUGGACUUCUUGCCAAUGGUCAAUCUGUCACCAUUGAGGAUCAACUGUUGAUGUUCCUCAACAUUGUCAGAUACAACAACCCAAUGCGCAAGACUGCCAUCAAAUUUUUUUUCACCGUCAACCGUUACUUCAACAAACUCCUGGAGGCUCUCAUCAUAAUCUACCCAAAAUAUGUUAAACUCACCCCUCAAAUGUGCACCCAACCUCCCCAUAUUAAAGAUGACCCCAAGUUUGCAGCAUUCAAAAAUACUGUUGGUGCGGUAGAUGGGGUUCUCAUCAAGGCUCAAGUCCCAUCAAAAAAAAAGCCAUCCUGGAGAUGUCACAAGGGAUAUGUUGCUCAGAAUGUCCUGGAGGCAGUGAAUUUUUGUUUUGAAUUCAUAUUUGUCCUUGCUGGGUGGGAGGGUAGUGCACACAACAUCCAAGUCUAUAUCGAUUUCUAUUCCAAGGGGCUUGUGCUACCAGGUAACAAGUACCUGCUUGCCGAGGCUGGAUAUGGCCUUCAAAACAUCCUGAUUACUCCUUUCUGUGAUGUCCAUUACCACUUGAAAGAAAAAGCAAUUGCCUCCCAGAGCCCAGGAGACAAGCAGGAACUGUACAAUCUGCAACAACAUUGGGUGAUUAUUUUUUCAACCUUCUGUGUAGGGUAUAGCUAA